AUGCUUCCUAAACUAAUAUCAGAAAAUCAGAGUGGAUUUGUGAAAGGAAGACUCAUCACUAAAAGUGUUUUACUUGGUCAAGAAAUUGUGCAAGGCAUUUCUGAGCAUAACACAGGGGGGAAUGUAGUGAUCAAACUUGACAUGGCCAAGGCUUAUGAUGAAAUGGAUUGGUCCUUUAUUAUUGCUGUUCUAAGGAGAUUUGGAUUUUCAGAAGGUCAAGGGCUUAAACAAGGUGAUCCACUAUCACCAUCUCUAUUAAUCUUGGAUGCUGAAGUAUUUAGCAGAAUGUUGAAUAGCUUAUAUCAAAAAAAUGACUUCAUCCCAUUCUCUAUGAGCACCAAGGGGUCCAAUAUUAAUCAUCUUUCCUAUGCAGACGAUAUUGUGAUUUUCAGCAGUGAAAAUAGUAGAUCCUUGAAAUUAAUCAUGAAGCAGAUCCAUAAGUACGAGAAGAGCUCUGGCCAGAGGGUCAAUGAUGAUAAAAGCUUUUUCUUAACUUCUCCUAAAGCUGGUUCUUACAAGAUCAACAGAAUCUCUGAUAUUACCUAUUUUAGGAACAAAGACUUCCCUUUCACUUAUCUUGGAUAUCCUAUUUACAUUGGUAGGAAGAAGGUCGAAUACUUCGAUAAUAUGUUAUCAAAGGUUGUGAUAAGGUCUAAUGGUUGGCAGGGUAAUAUGUUAUCCAACGAUGGUAGGAUGAUUCUGAUCAAACAAGUGCUCCAAUCUCUCCCAAUCGACACUAUGACUACUCUGAAACCUCCUAAAAGCAUUAUAAAUCUCAUGGAAAAGCACUUUGCAAGGUUACCCAGUGGUGAUCCUUUGGGAAAUGUGUUAGGAAAGAUGUGCUUGCAAGAAUGGGAACCAAAUGAUCAUGUCUUUAGCUAA